GCAUCUUAUUCAGCCAUCUUGCUGUACAUACAGACAUGUGCGCCUUGAAACUUGACAUACCAUCAUUCUCAUCUCGUUGUGUCCAGUUGUAUAAGGAAUGGAAGAACAGCUCCAGUUUACUGCAUGAUGUUGACUCAAUCGUCGUUCCGGCAGGAAAGUUUGAUACUGCUUACGCCAAAACACUCUCUCUUCAUGUUUGGCUUUUUGGCUAUGAAUUGCAGGACACCGUUAUUGUGUUUUGUGAGAACAGUGUCUUGAUCCUCUGUGGAAAGAAAAAAAUAGAUUUUCUGCAGCCGUUGACUAAACGAAAUGAUGAAAACCGGGAGAUUAUCCUUAUCCCCAGAAAUCAAUCCGAUAACGAUAGAGGUGGCAUAGAGAAGCUCAUUAAAGCUAUCUCCUCUAGUCGAAAGGGUCGCACGGUUGGCCAUUUCCCCAAAGACAAGUUCUCAUCCGACCUCACUGACCAAUUUCACUCGUCUCUCACUUCGGCUAACUUUGAGUUAAGGGACGUCUCUAGUGCGUUUAGCGAUUUGUUUGCCGUGAAAGACGAAAGUGAGCUCAGUUUGUUGAGGAAAGCCGGAGCUGUAACUUGCAACGUCUUCAACAAGUAUCUCAGAGAAGAAAUCAUGGACAUUAUUGAUUAUGAUAAGAAAGUCAAACAUGAGAAGCUUUCCAACGGAUGCCAGUCAGCUUUAAAGAAGACCAAUCUUCUCAACGGUCUUGAUCCUGACAGCUUGGAAUUAUGCUACGAUCCGAUUAUCCAGAGUGGCGGUAACUUCAAUCUGAAGUUCAGUAUCGAAAGUGAUGAUCGCAAUCUGCAUUUUGGAACCAUUGUUUGUUCUUUGGGAAUCCGCUACCAGUCCUAUUGUUCAAACGUGAUCCGAUCACUGAUGGUUAAUCCGACAGAAAACCAGUCUGCGACGUACUCCUACAUGCACGACCUGUUUGAAUGGGCCAUAUCCGAGAUGAAACCGGGUGUCAAGAUCGCGGACUUUUGUCAAUCGCUGCAGAAAAAGUUGAUCUCCGAGCGACCCGAAUUGGCGGAUAACCUCAUCAAAUCAUUCGGCUUCGUCACUGGGAUCGAAUUUCGCGAUUCUCUUCAGUUGUUAACCUCCAAGAGCACUGGCGUAUUCCGUAAAGGUAUGACGGUCAACUUCAAUAUUGGUUUCCAGAAUCUGAAGAACCCCAAAGCUGAGAAUUCUAAGGACAAAGAGUACGCCCUCUGGUUGGGUGACGUGGUUGCUAUCGGAGUGGGAGAGAAUGGUACCAAUACCGUAUUCACUUUAGCUGCUAAACGACGCCCCAAGUCCAUCAGUCUAUACAUCCGUGAAGAGGAUGAUGAGGACGGAGAGGCUGAGGAUGACCACGAUAUGAAGGAUUCCCGAAAACCGGUUGCUAAUGGUGUAGAUUCCAGAGUUUCAAGCUCAAAAAGGACGUUGCCGAAUGGCAGUACGGAAGAGAUUCUUGGACGUGGUCAUCGUCGGGCUAUUAUUGAACAGAAGACUCGGAGCGAGCAAACGGCAGAGGAGAAGCGAAUGAGCAGGCGGCGAGAGCUUUUUGAUUUGUUGGUGAAACAUUCUACGGAGCGUUUGGGUGGUCUUAAAACGGAUACCGGCUUGGACACGAAGGCUAAAUCAACUGUGGCUUACAGAGGCGUUGGUCAGAUGCCAAAGGAGGAUGAUAUUCAGCGCUUACGGCUGUUUGUCGAUAAGAAAUAUGAAACAAUCAUCCUGCCUAUAUUCGGCAUGCCUACUCCGUUUCACAUCAGUACGCUAAAAAAUGUUUCCACCUCCAUCGAGGCAGACUACACCUAUUUACGAAUCAACUUUCAUCAUCCUGGUGCCGUGGUCGGUGGAAAGGAUGUGACUAGCUUCCAAAAUCCUGAAGCAACCUAUAUCAAGGAGAUGACUUACAGGGCGUCCAAUCUUCGACGUCAUGGUGAAGCCACUAUCCCCGCGACCAAUUUAAAUAAUACAUAUCGCAUCAUCAAAGAGGUUCUCAAACGGUAUCGAUCACGUGAAGCUGAGGAGCGAGAGCGAGCUAAUCUGGUCGAACAGGAUCAGCUGAUUGUGGAUCAUGCCAAGGGGGCGUUCCGUUUAAAGGACUUGUACAUUCGGCCGAACAUUGUGACAAAACGAAUCACAGGUUAG